AUGUCUCACUUGACCGACAAGCAAUACUACCAUGUCGGUGUUCUACUCUUCCCCGGCGUAGACAUCCUCGACUUUGCCGGUCCCAUGGAAGUGCUCUCCCACGCCUUGCACAAUCGCAAUCCCGAUGAACCAGAUCGAAUGUUCCUGUUCAUCACUAUCGCCCGGACAUCUUUCAUUCAAGCCGCAAGCUCGUUCACCAUCAAAGUUGACGUUCUUCUAGACGAAGCGCUGACGCGAAUCUCCCAGUACGACAUUCUCAUCGUACCGGGAGGGCCCCCCUCGGUGAUACAGCCCUUGACAGACAGCAAUAUCCCUGAAGUGAGAUUCAUCCGCACCUUUGCGCAUCUUCCUGCUCCAGUGUGCCCCCAGCGUCCCAGGAUACUGUUCUCAGUUUGUACCGGGGCUCUUCUCGUGGGUGCCACAGGUGUUCUCUCCGGGCUGACCGUCACCACUCAUCACCGUGCGCUGGAUACCCUCCGGCAGAUCUGUGAGAAGUUCCGGGAAAAGAAUCGUCCACCGCCUGAAGUUGUACUGUGGCGGUAUGUGGAUGGGGGAUGCUUGGGGGAGAAUUCGUUACGAGUGAUUACGGCUGGGGGCGUGAGUUCGGGUCUCGAUGCGAGCUUCUACCUGGUGAGGCUGCUUACGGAUUCCGAGAUGGCUGCGUUUAUUUCGAGGGUCAUGGAAUAUGACUGGAAGGAGCUGAACUAG